UACUCGCCCGAGUACCUGGCAGAGUAUAACGGUGACCGCGUCAUCCUCUGCGCCUCAAUCUUUAUCGUGCUUCAUAUCUUUUUUGUAUGCCUACGCUUCGUCUCCCGACGUAUGAAAAAGGCGCCUUGGGGCUGGGACGAUGCUUUCAUAGUAGCCGCCGCCAUCUUCUCCUUUGGGGUGAUUGCAUCUUGUCUAGUUGAUGUCUACGCGGGUGGAGUGGGUUAUCAUGUCGUCGCCGUGGCAAAGAACACGCCGUGGAAACUGAAAACAUGGGCAAAAUUCACCUUCAUCAUCCCGCUCACGUAUCUCCCUGCCAUCGCCAUGCCCAAGCUCAGCAUCCUUUGCCUGUAUCUUCGCAUCUUCAGCGAGCCCAUUCACCGCGCAGUCUGCUGGAUCACAGCCGGCCUCAUCGUUGCGAACUGUAUCGGGUCCAUGGUUCCAGCAUUCGUCAUUUGCGUACCCUUGGAGUUUCUUUGGAAUCAAAAUCUUCCUGGCGGCGGUCACUGUAUCGACAUCGAUGCUUGGUAUCGUUGGAGCUCAUUGAUGAACAUCCUAACGGAUCUCAUUAUGCUAGGUCUCCCGAUUCCCGUUAUUAUCAAGCUGCAUGUCUCACGCAAUGUGAAAGUUGGAUUGGCAAUCACAUUUGCAACAGGUUCUAUUGGAGUAGUGACAGCCAUAAUACGAUUCGUCGGCUUCUUCACUAGGGAUUUCGCAGAGGACGGCACGUGGACUGCGACGAGGCUCAUUGUUCUUUCCAUCAUAGAGCCAGGCUUAUAUCUCAUUGCAGCAUGUCUUGUUUGUUUGAAGCCCGUC